AUGACAGUAAAUCAAUCUGUGAAACCAGGGUUUAUAAAAAUCCGAACCACUCUUACACGACUACCAUACCCACCAUUGAAGGACUGCCCGACUAUAAGAACACAGCGUCUGGUUCUCAGGCCAUUCUAUGAGGAUGCUGCAAAAGACCUUUUUCCCAUGCGCGCCCAGCAGGAGGUCAUGAUGUGGACAGCCCAAGGCGUCCCAGACAAGGACUUUGAGGAAACCCGGAAUUGGGCUUCACAGAGACUACCGCCACAUGAUCAAACCAACUUAUAUUACGUCAUCAGCCUCAUCGAAACUGGCGAGGUCAUCGGAGCAGGUGGCACCUAUAGACGAGAGUGUGAGCUCGGGUGGCCGGCAAUUGGAUACGCAUUUCGCAAAGAGGCUUGGGGAAAAGGAUACGCUACCGAGUUUCUUGUCGCGUUUAUGCAGAUUUGGUGGAAAUUGCCGCGAGUCGAAUGUUCUAUUGCUGUAGAUCGUGCGACACUGAGUGAGGAGGAGAUAGUAGCCAGUGCGGAUGGUACUAUUACGGAACGAUGCGCUGCGGAGACGAUAAAGGAGAACGUGGGUAGUAAACGCGUCUUAGAGAAGGCUGGAUAUACGUGGGUUAAGGAAUGGAGGAAUGAGCAGAAGAAUUGGUCGAUAUAUGGAUGGGUGACAACUGCUGGGCAAGACGCUGCUAGUUAG